AGAUCUUUCUUCCUCUCAGGAAGCCAAGAUGAGCGACGGAGCAGAAAACGAAGCAUGGCAUGACUGCAGGCAGGAUGCAGACGUCGAGGACGUUCAGUUCAAUUUAGAAUGUGACGAGUCGAGCGCUGGCAAUGAAGCGCAGGAUGCAAGGAGCAACACAGGUGCCUCGAGACAAGAUUCAUCGAAUCCAGUCCAGCAUGAUCGAUAUGACCGGGAGGUUCCAGCAGCAAGCACUGUAGACAACAGUUGGACUCAAUCCCAGCAGCACGGCAAUCCCUUCGCUAACAUGCAGACUUUUCAAUUCCAUGGAUUCCCUGGGUUUCAUGGUGGGGUUGGAAUGAUGCAGCAUGGAGGAAACUUCACGACAAGCACGGGAGUCGGAGCACAUGGGAUGAUAAUCGACAUACCGAUGGAUCAGAGCAUCCCUGACAUCUCUGUUGGAGUACUAGGAGUUCCUGUUUCCGUAAGGAUGGACUCGCUCGAUCUGUUCGCAGGGGAUUCAGAAAAUUUCUUCAACAACUUCGAUCCCCUGCUGCAGGCGAUGCAGGCAAGCUUCAACCUGUCUCAAGGAUAUAAGCCCAAGGCAAGUGCGCGAGCUCUGGAGUUUGUCCCAGCCAUCAGACUCGAGAAGGGCGAGACGAUUGAGUGUCCGAUCUGUGCCGACGUGCUGAGGGACGGGGAUUGGGGGGCUCGCAUGCCAUGUGGGCAUUACUUCUCACUUGAGGAGCUUGCCAAGUGGCUAGCUGUGAAUAACACAUGCCCUGUCUGUCGGUUCGAGCUCCCGUCGACCGAUGAGGAGUACAACAGGAACAAGAAACUUUCAUAUGAGGACUUGAGAAAUUCUUUUGAGAACAUCUGCAAGGCGCCCAAUGACAUAAUGGCGACAAGAAUCAAUAGUGCGAGACAAGUUUUCCUAGACGGAGUUCUGUCUGCAGCUCUGGAUGAGGUGCACGCCGAUAUGGGGGAGGAGAAUGUACAUAGAUCAGGUGAAGACUUGGGGGCCAAGGAGUCGAAGUCUUGUUGUAAAUGCUUUAACGUAGAUUCUGAAGAGAUUGAGGAGGAGCUGCAACAGCUGGCAGAUCAUUUCUUAUUCGAGCAGGUGCAGCAGCGGCAAAGGAUGGAAGUUAUGUUAGACUUAGACUAGAGUUGGUAGAGAAACCACGACAACAACAACUUCUGCUUUC